AUGCCGUUUAAAGACACAGCAGCAAAGGUUCGAAAUGGCCAUCCGAAACCUCAAGUACCGGAGGCAUGGCGCAUUGAGGAGCCGGAACCGCCAUCAUCGGAUCCACAACAAGCCUACUUUGAUCAGGAUGCGGCGGAUUCAAUGGAUGACGAAGACCAGGGUGUUUCGAGCCAAAACAGUGAGGAGUUUCAUCGGAAUGUGGCCCCAAAAAAGAACAAUCUCAUGGGCGUGCUCAAUCUGUUGAAGGACGGGCGAUCCAAUUGUGAGCCAGCUGAGGAUGAGGACCAAGGACAUGUCACCAGCUCUGAUGCCGCUGCGUCGGAUGAGCAGUUGGCCCCCAUCUCCAAGCCCUGGGAAUUUGAUGGCACGAACAAACGGAAAUUCAAGCUGACCACCAAGCAGCUGAGACGGAUGUUUAGCCCCAGGAAGCUCUCUGGGCACAACGCCACCAGCUCCCGCCGGAGCACAGCUCGAGCUUCCGACGAGUUGACAGAGGACUUUGACCACGAAGAGCUAAGUUCCUUCACCAGUGAGGACAACGACGAGUGGAUAGAAGAGUUCGUUCAAGCACCUGAACGACGAGAUUCCUGGAAGGCUCCUGGUAGCCUUGAGGAGCAAAGACUUCUCAGGGUCACGAAUGAUGACCUCCAGGAAGCGUGUCUACGAGGUGACCUGGGAUUAGUCAAGCGGCUGAUUGCGGCAAAUGCCUCUGUCAAUGCCCCGAUGCGUCCACAAGAUGCGAAGGAGUUUAUGACCCUGUUGCACGUCUUGGCCAGGAAGCCGCAUAUGCAGAAUUGCAGCAGCAUCAUUGCCGAGAUGGUGAGAAACAAGGCAAAUCUCAACGUCAGGAGCAGCUUUGGCACCACACCUCUGAGUCUGGCCUGCCAUGCCAAGCACGUGGAAGCGGUGGAGGCUCCAACAACUUUCGGAGGGAGGCGGUGUGGAGCCAUGGCCAUUUUCAGCCAAGGAGCUAUAGCAAGAGGUAAUCUUAACCACAUGAUGGACAACUUAUUCAUCAAAAUACAGGAUCGAAAACCAAAGUUAACAACCACUCAAAAAAAAAGUGUGGUCCCGAAAAGGGUGGAGAAUUGA